AUGUCAAAAUCUCUCGUAAAUUUAUCAAAAGCUCAUGCUACUUCUGAAUCAAUGUUGUCAGGACAAAUAGUAGAUAGUAUUACCAAUGCUACUAAUGUACGAAUUUUUGCUCGUCGUAUUUAUGAAAUAUCUUACCUCGAGAAAGCGUUACUUCUAACAAAAAAGACCUUUCAAACAAAAGAAAUAUUUGCCAUAAAAUUACAUUUUAUGCAGGGCUUGUCUCUUUCUAUUAUGAUUGGAUUCAUGCUCUAUUUUUUAAUUCAGUUAAGAAUGAAGCAAGUAGUAAGUAGUGGUGAUUUCGCACUUAUUUUAGGAUUAAGCGUUGAGGUAGGCUUUAUGACAUGGUGGGCGAUGGAGCAAGUAGAUGAACUAAAUAAAGCUGUUGGCAAAUGUAAGCAGAGCCUUGCUAGGCUUUUUAUUCCACUAGAGAUAAAAGAUAAAGAGAAUGCAAGAAAUUUAUCAAUUGCCAAUGGUCAAAUCAUUUUUUCAGCAGUCAAGUUUCAUUAUAAAGGUGCUGAAGCAUUAUUCGAUAACAAAUCCGUAACUAUUAAUGCCGGACAAAAAGUUGGUUUAGUUGGUUAUUCCGGCAGUGGUAAAUCGACUUUUGUCAAUUUGAUCUUGCGUCUUUAUGAUGUAACAGAUGGUCAAAUCCUUAUAGAUGGCCAAGAUAUUCGAGAAGUCACCCAAGAGAGCUUACGGAGCAAUAUCGCUAUGAUUCCGCAGGAUCCUUCACUAUUCCACCGCACAGUUAUGGAAAAUAUUCGUUAUGGACGCAUUGAUGCAAGUGAUGAGGAAGUAAUCCAGUCUGCAAAGAGCGCAGAUGCCCAUGAUUUUAUAACUAAAUUACCCCAAACCUACGCUUCUCUAGUAGGGGAACGGGGGAUUAAACUAUCAGGGGGACAGCGUCAGCGUAUUGCGAUUGCUAGGGCUACUCUCAAAAACGCUCCAAUUUUAAUUUUAGAUGAGGCAACCUCUCAAUUAGAUUCCUUAACUGAAAGUGCUAUACAGAAAAGCUUAUGGAAACUAAUGCAAGGCAAAACUACCAUUGUGAUUGCUCACCGUUUAUCUACCUUAAUGCAUAUGGAUCGUAUUUUAGUUUUUGAUAAAGGAAAAAUCGUAGAAGAUGGUUCGCAUGUUAAGCUAUUAAGUCAAGAUGGCUGCUAUAAAACUCUAUGGGAUGCGCAAGUUGGUGGGUUCUUACAAGAUGAUACGUAUAGCUAG